UGUGAUUGGCUGCGCCCAGGGCUGCUGUGAGUGGUUGUGCCUGGGAGUGAGCUGUGAUUGGCUGGCGCCUCCGUCCGCGCUCGGCCGGGCCAUCAUGGCGACGAACAACCUCGGCAUUCCGCUCGAUUUGGGCUGGUUGUCCAAUGUCCAUGUGAAUCACCCCGCUGUUCUGAGGCGUGCGGAACAAAUUCAGACACGGAGGACUUUGUCCAAGGAGUGGCAAGCUGCGUGGCUCCUGAAGGCGGUCACCUGCAUUGACCUCACCACACUGUCCGGCGAUGAUACCCCUUCGAACGUCCACAGGCUCUGCUAUAAAGCUAAGCAUCCCAUCAGGGAAGACCUGCUGAAGAGUUUGAACAUGCAUGAUAAAGGUAUUACCACUGGUGCAGUGUGUGUUUAUCCAUCUCGAGUGGCUGAUGCAGUGCAGGCACUGAAGACUAUAAAGUGCAAUAUUCCUGUUGCCUCAGUGGCAACUGGCUUCCCCGCUGGACAGACCCCAAUGACUGCGCGCUUGCAGGAGAUAACGAUGGCCAUUGAAGCCGGGGCAACAGAAAUCGAUAUUGUAAUCAACAGAACACUGGUGCUGACAGGCCAAUGGGAAGAAUUGUACAAGGAAAUCCAACAGUGUCGCAAAACUUGUGAAAAGGUCCACAUGAAAACCAUACUAGGAACCGGAGAACUGGGAUCACUGGCAAACGUCUACAAAGCGAGUCUUAUAGCCAUGAUGGCAGGUUCUGAUUUUAUAAAAACUUCGACGGGAAAAGAAGGGGUAAACGCCACAUUUCCUGUUGCCCUGGUGAUGAUACGGGCUAUCAGAGAAUAUCAAAGGAAGACAGGUUACAAGGUUGGGUUUAAGCCGGCAGGCGGCAUUCGCACAGCAAAGGAUGCGUUGUCCUGGCUGACAUUGAUGAAGGAAGAGCUGGGCGAUUCCUGGCUCACCCCGCAACUCUUCCGAUUGGGGGCCAGUACUUUGCUGACAGACAUCGAAAGACAGAUCUAUCAUCAAGUGACAGGAAGGUACGCGGCAGCUCAUGAGUUGCCCAUGGCUUGAAAGGAUGUGUUUCACUGCUAGAAUAUGCUCCUGGGUUCUCAGUCUCUCAAUCAUUCCUUACCUUCUGACCCUUUCUUUUGCUGGAGCUUUGAAAACAUUUCUGUU